CUGACCAUUUUGAGAGCAUGGCUGAAAUACAAUUAGCGCCGUUGCGAUCUCUCGGGGAUUUUUUGCUGGAGUCAGCACGAUUCCAGAUUCCACAAGUUAAAGAUCCAGACAAAUGGGCCAAUAGAGUACUGAACAAUUUGUUGUAUUAUCAGACCAAUUAUUUCUUGUCUGCACUCAUCAUGUUUUUGGUGAUAGGGUUGAUGCACCCAGUGAAAAUGGUGUUGGGCUUUACAGCAAUUUCAGUUGCCUUUGGUGGUUAUGUAUAUUGCACCAACAACCAGUGGCGGGCUCGGCAGUUUAAAAGAAACCAUCCAUUGGUCAGCGUGAUCAUCAUUCUGGCGGCUGGGUACCUUGUGGUCUACAUGUUGGGAGCAGUCAUUGUUUUUAUGUUUGGGAUCGCAUUCCCACUUUUGUUGAUUUUGAUUCAUGCAUCUCUAAGAAUGCGCAGCAUCAAGAACAAGUUCACCAAUAAAAUGGAAUAUGUAGGACUAAAACGCACCCCAAUGGGUAUUAUUUUGGAGGGCCUUGGGCAAGAGCAGGAGGCAGGGUCCUAGAUAUCUGCAAGUUCCAUGUGUCAGGUUUUCCUUCUGAAUCUGCCUUUCUCCAAUAUUUCUCAUUUUUUUUUUUUUAUUUAUUUAUUUGUUUGUUUAUAUCUUUUGCUGCAGUUCAUGUCAGAUAGAAUCAGAUUUUUUUGGUGGAGAUUUUUUUGUGGUGUAAUCAGAGGCUAAGUGGAAAUGGUGCUGUUGUAAGCUUUGAUGUAUUGAAAUAGUUGGAAUUGUCCUAUCAGAAAACAUUUUUUUGUGAAACAUUAGUAUUCAUUUGAUCAUGUUUGACCACCGUUAAAAUGUUUACAGCUCCAAAAACAGUGGGAUUGAUUGAAGAUUUUAUUUGCCCUGGAGUAAUGGGUUAGCUGCAUGUUGUUUUGCAAGAUAAGGAUAUAAGCUUAUUCAGGAGUCAAUGAAGAAAUUGUCGACCAGCUGACUGAUUGCAAAUUAAUUGCUUUUUACAUGGUGCCACCCAUGAUAAAGAUUUUUAAAAUAUGAAUUUUGUCUUCCAGUUGAAAGUGGAUAGCAUGCUUUUUAACUUUAUCUGGGAUGUAAUUUGUUGUGCUCUGCCUUGUUUGAAUGGGUUUUUUUUUUUUUCUUUCUUUUUUAAACUUUUGUCUUUCAGAUACCAACAAGAAUGAUGUAUUCCAAGUGAAAUGGGAUGUUGUUGAUGUUUACAGAAUUUUGAUAUCCUUUCUGCAAAUGUACAUUGUGUCCAUAUGUGUGUGUGUCUCCGCACGUGUAUGUUUGUGUGUGUGAGUGCACACAUGUGCAUGCAUUUGCAUAUGUGUUUGAUUUCCUUUUAUAAUCUAAUAUUUCACUAUUUUUGAAGAGCACAGGGGCCAGAACAGUGCUCUGCUUACCUUCCUCAACAAUUGUGAUUGUUCUACUGUAUUUGUUUUUAUUACUGUGCUGAGCAAGGCUUAUCAGACAGUACAGUACCCAUUUGUAUUUUGAGCAUGGCCUGAAAACAUUUUAUGACUUAUUUUUUGCCCCCACCACUUCUAAUGACCUCCAGAAGUAAUUGUACGUUGUUCACAUGGGAUUUGUAUUCAAAUUUUGAUGUUAAGCACAGUAAUUGUGUACUGUGCUAACACUGUUUGAUCUGCAGACAUCUAGUCUUCCUGUUUGCAAUAACGCAUCUUGUCUUUUCAAGAGCCUUCUUAGUAGCAUCUUAUUCAGGUUGGGCAACUCAUUCCUUAAAGAACAAUGUUUAUUGUUGUGAUUUGUUUAUACUGUUACAAACAAGCUUUUAUUUCCAUUAUGUCAAAGGAUGAUGACAUAUGCAGAGGCUGUUCUUUUAUUCUUUGAGGUGGGCAUUUUUGCUUUGGUGGAGGGGGAAUAGGCAGUGCUAUUUAACUCUCUUUUUCACAAAAGUAUGUCUUAUUAAGACUGGAUUGGGUAAUUUCUGAACCAGCAUUUUUUAGUUCCUUUGUGCUAAAGGUGCAAUGAUUUUGUUCUGAAAUGUCACAACAUCACAGGCAGUGUUGAAUUUUUUAGGCCACAAUGAUAUUUUUCAACAUUUAAGUAAAAAAAAGUAAGAUUGCAACAAAAUGGUGAAUUGAUAUUAAGGGCAUUAUUGAUGACCAGAACAGCAUGUGCUUUUCCUCGGUGUUUGGAUUGUUGAUCAUUUCUUUGGGUGUUGGCCAGAAGUGAUUAGAAACUUUGUUGCAUAAUGAUGUGAUUGAUUAGCAUCUUGUUAUUGGUUGCCUGUGUUUACCCUUUUUUUCCAUUGUUAUUUAUAUUAAUAUUAUCAGAUGUCAGGUUGUCUAGUAGAAACACAUUUGCUAAUGCCAUUGCAUUAUCAACAGGCUUAUUCAGUUGUAAAAUAAAAAUAACCUUGAAUUUAACCACAGGUUUUUUUCAGUUCAUUAGGGGAGGAAAAGGUUCAAGCUCAAGUGCUUUGUACAGUUAUGAUGUAAUUCCUUGUGUCAUGUCCACAUAUUUGGUUUUGCUCAAAUUUUUCGUCUGAAAGGUAAUGGCCUGAAUUUGUUAUGUGGUACAUCACAAUGAUGUCCAGAUCACGAAGAUGAUUAAGUCUAGUUCUUUCAGUCUCAUGCCACAUUGAAAUCGGAAUGGCUAAAUAUGUGGUGUUUUGUCUCAUAGGUAGCGCUGUUAAUCUCAACAACAAUUAUUUAUAAAGUUGCUGAGGCUGCUGCAAGCCUUGAUGAAGAUACAAAUCAAAAUGCUUAUGAAAGAGCUGGUGCCGUUUGAGUCAGGAUCCAGGUCAUCUUUUAACAUAGAGAACAAUAAAAUUAAGACAUUCUUUUUUGAUCACUUUCGUUUAGUCAGGGAUACACCUGACGAUAAGAGAGGAUAUGUUUGUGAAUAUGCAAAUUGUGCUGCUAGUACCAACUACAUAACUAAAUAAACAAUUAAAAUGUUAAGCAAGAUUCAAGCUAUUGAUGUUGAUUUUUUAAUUGAGAGCAUUUAUUGUUUUCACAUUAGUCUCUGUAGAUGUUCCAGAGGAUAUGAUGCUGAAAUCAGAAGUAGCUGUAUACUUUAUCAUAGAAAGUAGCAGUUAAUGUUGAUGACUAUUAAGAAUUUGGUAUAUAGAUACACUGUGCAAAUAAUCAGACCUAAUAAGUUUUUUUUAAAGCUUCACAGCCAUGCCUUAAAAAUAUAAAAUGUUUACAAUUUUUAAACUGUUAGCAUUAUAAGUUUGUAGGUAUAAAUAGAUGAAAGCAUUUUUAGUGUGAUAAAUUAUGAAAACAUUUCAUGUUUUUUUGAUUUAAAAAUCUGUUAGACUUGUUUACCAAGAGCCUGAACUAGUCAGUUGUCACAUUAACUAUCCUACCUUUAUUUUAAAACUGGAUUACUGAUUGGGUAUUUGUGUGUGUGUAUAUACACACAUUUAAAUGUGUGCCAUUGAAUGGUAGUAUUUGUAAACAAAACUGCAAAUCUGUUUAUUUUUUUACCCCAUUUUCUUUUUGCACUUUGUGUAUUUAGUGAUUUUGUUUUGUGUGCGUUUUUUAGUCAGUGUGUUAAAUUUUGUUCAUUUCUUUUAUUUCUUUUUUAUGUAAUUGUUGUUGAGUUAGAUAAUUACGUGCAUGCUUGUCUUUUAGCCUACUUUAAACUGUACCUCUAGAAGUGCAUUUGAAUUUUACUUGUGUUAAUGAAAUGGUUUUUCCAAUAACUAGAUAUUCUUUGCCAGUAUUUCUAUUUGUACCGGAUACUGUGUGACAUGAAAAGAUAUCAAUGUCAAUACAGAUCCUGUUACUUUUUUGUUAGAUCUGUAUGAGUGUGGAUUCUAGAUUUCUAUUCAAACCCAUCAGCUUAGGUUAUGGUGCUAAAGUUGCAUUCUAAUUAUGAGCAAAUGGGAUUUAUUUCCCAUUCUUUUCUAACAGCUUCCUCCUUGCUUCAUACCCACAAAGCUAAGCAUCAGCAGUAAUCGUUAGUCUUUCCAUUUUCUCAGAAAUUGUAAUUAUUUCAUGAUUCUUUAAACAAUGGCCCAAAUUUAUUACUUUGGCUGCAGGUUACAGUCAUUUUUGAGGAAUAUUGGAAAAUUAGAAAAGGACCUUCUCAGUUUCUGAUGGUGACAGUCUUUCAUAACUGAAGGUUACAAUGGUUUUCUGAACAAAUAUUUAACAAACUAUAGUAAGACCAAAGUGAAGUAUCAAAGAGCAUGUUAAUGUUUUGCAUAAAAGAGUUAAACUGCUAGUGACUGUCAAAGCAUCUUUUAUACUCUUGAUUUUUUAUUCUUUGCUAAUCUAAGCGUUGAUGUCAAUUAAUUUUGGAGAGUUGAUGACAAGGCUGAAUUCAUGCUAGACACAUUCAUGCCAAAUUUAAAAAAAUGUAUUACCAAAGACUGUAUGCAUACAUAGUUGCUAAUCUCUAUUUCAUGAUGCUUAAAAAACUUUGCUUGAAGCUUCUGCAUUGAGAAUUCAUGUCUAUCAGAAAAGAUGUAACAAGUAGUUUCGAACAAAUAAAUCUGAUUAUGUGCAAUAUGCUUUUCACCUUGCCCCCAUAUUCUUCCUUCACUCACUUCUGUGAUGCUGAUUUGUCACUGCUUUAAAAAAAAACUUUUUUUAAAUUAAUGCCCUAAUAUCUAGUACCCUUUUUUGAUUGACUUAUAUCGUACAAAUGUUCUUUCGGAUUAUGAGGUUUUUAACCAGCACAAAUACUAUUCUGCUAAUUUCAGGAUGUAGGUCAGGAGUGGGGAACUGCUGUUUGAAUAUUUAUAAGAUCAUUUACAGGCUGUACAAAAUUAUCAACUAAAAAAUUAGCCUGCUAUAUUUGGUCAAGCUGUAGUUUCGCUGCCUUGGCAGAGCCAAACCAAACGAUUGCAUGGACCGAAUGUUUCCCACCCCUGAUGUAGGUAAACAUAAAAAUUGCUAACGUUUUUACAAAAAAUUGCCAGAAUUUCUGAGCUCUUUUUUUUUUAUUAUUAUUAUAUAGUAACAGCCAAGGGAGGUACUAUGGUUUUCACCCAACACAUUAAUAAAGGAUAUGAACUAAAAAGCUUCAUUUUUUUCCCCAGAUAACAUUUCAUUCUUGUCUCCUUGAAAGUACCAACCAGUUUUGAGUGGAAAAUUUGCUGUCACCUAAGCUACUGUCCAGAAACUAUGAGGUGGUGUUGGGUUCAGGGAAAUAUAUUUAGAUAUCUUAUAUUGCCAGAUGGUAUACUUGGCUACUUAAUUCAGAAUCAUUGUCGCUAUGUCCAUAAGUCAUGGGUAGGAGAGAGAGGAGAGGCUAGUGUAGCUGGCAGCAGUCCUUUGUUGGAAGAGGGGGAGGUAAAUGUGAUGUGUCAUGAGAGGGAGCAGACAGCAAAAUUCUUAUUCUCCCCAACACACACACUUUACCGCCUGUUUAAAAGGUCUUGUUUUUAAUUUGUCUUACUUGAGAUCAUGAAAGGAUGGAGGACUUCCAGUGAGCUUCUUGUUUAAUCUAUAGCUGUUUACAUUUCGAGAAUAAGAAUAGUGCUGGAAAAGAGUGAGGAGUAUCCAGAAUUCAAGAUCACAACCUCUCUGGUUGUGCCAUUGAAAAAUUAUUUACUAACCCUACACUAGCCAAUACAUAAUUGAUCAGGCUUCAGUGGUAAUAUAUUCAAGCCUAAAGAUGUUAAGUUCUAAAGAAACUGCCAUAUUCAGUUAUUUGCACGCGCAUUACAUUACACUUUAAAAUGUGUAUCUAUAUAUUCAGGUUAUUUUGACAUUUACAUUGUGGGCUUGCAAAAAAUAAUAUAAAAAAGGAAUCAUGCGUGUUAACUUUAUGUAAACAAAGGAAAGAGUCGUUCAUCAUCUGUCCAAAGAAAAAAAAUGCAGUUGUUGCAUUCCUAAGGUUGAGAGAAAGAUUUUUGUCUUCAAUCCCCCUUUCCCCCACCUCCUCUCCCCAAAAAAUCCCAUUUGAAUAUAUGUAAGAUUUUUUGUCUUUUGCUACCUACAUUUGCUUUGUUGCUAAGGAUAUGCCAUGGCUCAAAAGUUCUCAGACCAAUGCUGUAUCUCCUCAUUCAGCCUUUGGUAUUUAUGGUAUGUUGUUUUCUAGGGAUUGGGAAACAUUAUUAUGAGCUGAUUUUUGUUUGGUUAUUUAUAUCACUGCAUUUGCAUUUCUUUGAUCAUUAUUGUGCAGAUUCCUGUUUAAUUUUUAUGUUGUCGCAUAGCAUGCUUGUCGAACUGAUCAAAAAUUCUAAAAGCAUUUCAGUUGUGCUUCAUUUCAUAAGGUAAAGUAAUAUGCCUUCAUGCUGAAUUAUGAAAACAUGUUGGAAUUCCACCCCCAUCACCUCAGACCACUGUCUUUUUGCAUGCUAUGAAGCUAUAAUUAGUAACCAAAGGCACCAUCAAAUUUUUACAAUCACUUUUUCAGCAUGUACAACAGAAUUGUUCAGUCAGCGACUGUUUUUCUCCCACACAAUGCACCCUAUGACAUAUUAUAAGUCAUCUAGACUGAAAUCAAGCUACUGUGCAUUUUGUUGCUGUAAAUAUUAGUGAUCUGCCUAGUUUUCCUGAGCCAAAAAGUAUUUUCACAUUUAAAUUUUUUUUCUAAACAAACCAGCUUUUUUAUGUUUGAACUCCUGAUUAGACAACUGUUGUCAUUGAUUGAGACCAAACAUAAUACCAUAUCACCCUAAAUUGCUGCCUUUCCAAACAGAUGCACACAGAGGCCUGUAAAGAUUUUGAAAAAAAAUCAGUUCAAGCUUCUUUUUUUAGCAUGAAUACGUUAGUGGAUAAUACCAGCCCUUUGAUGGCAAUCAUAUAAACUCUAAAAUAAUGAAUAAAAAAUGCAAGUUCAUCUAGUUUAUUUUACUGCACCCAAAUUAUGUAUAUGGCAAAUAUCAAUAAAAACAUGGUGUCUGCCAUAA